UAAAUAUUUUUCGCUUCUUUCCGUUAUCGGUUUCUCGUCUCGUGUUCUCGAAAACGCGAGAAAUUUAUAACGAACGAAAAUUCUUUGACAAAAUUGCUUACGUUGUUAAAUUCUACGUCGAACAUCGACGUUAAUUAUUAGAGCGACAUCGUUUGGUAUGAUAUACACAUACAUUGUACACGAGUGUUGCCACGUAAUUGGACGAUAUGUCUUUAUUAUUUUGCGCAACGAUGCAACGAUGUCACCGUCCACCAAACUGCCUGAAUGAAACAUUACUCGGUAUCUGCAGAAACGUUCGAGUCAACGGUCAGGAAAUACCGAAAUAUCGAAUUUGAUUAUUCCCUAAUCAACAAUUCACGAUAUUGACAAUCGAGGAUACCUCGUUUUAAAACGCUUGAAAUUAAAUAAAAUACACUCGUUCGAAUCUUUUUGAAUGGGGAUAUUUAUAGAUGGGGAGAUAAAAUCGAUUCGCGUUUAUGAUUUGAUAAUGUAAAUGCGAUGGAUAGAAAUAGCAUCGAGAUUAAUUUACAAUUAGCGUAUGAUAAAUGCCUCGUGUAAACUGAUAUAAAUACCCGUGUGAACAUGAUUCGAAUGAGCUAUUAACAACGAUAUCGCGUACCGCCUCCGUGUUACAAAAUUAUUAUCGGUUAUUCGGUUCUCCAAAGUAUAUUUGUUUCGUUCUCGAAAUUCGUGCUCGAUAAUCAGUUUCACUUCGAGCACGAAGCGGUACAGUUUCGAGAGAACGAUGGUGCUGAAGAUUUGGUUAUUUUCUUUGAUAAUUUUCAUCGAUGCCAGAGCGAUCGAUAUUAGGCACGACUUAUUAAUCUGUUCGACGAGGGAAUGCAAAGACUUUGGUAGGAGGAUAAUAACGAACAUGAACGCCUCCAUGGAUCCGUGCGUGGACUUUUAUGAAUAUGCAUGCGGCAAUUGGCCGAGAACACAUACACUUCCGCCUGAUGAGAAUUCCUGGCAAAUGCGAGCCGCCUCCGAUGAAGAGAACAAACGAAAAGUCGAGGAGAUGUUGAAGUUGGAAUUGCGAGGAGAUGAAAUUCCUUCCGUAAAAGUAGCGAAGCAGUGGUAUAAAACGUGCAUGGAUACAGGUUCGAAAAUAAGUUUUCGAUGGCUGUUAGAGGAUGCAAACAAACGAGGUAUGGAGCCAUUAGUGUCGACGUUGGAUAAAAUUGGUGGAUGGCCGAUGAUAAUGGAACGAAACGAGUGGAACGAGAGUGGACAGAAAUGGCAGAAUAUAGACGAUUAUUACGCUCAUUUAAGAGGAUUGAAUUUAUUACACGAUAUCCGGGUCACUGUAUACGGUAAAGGUUCUAAAGAGAAGAGUGUAAUGUUGGACGUUCCUGAUAUGCCGUUGUAUUCGUGGACGCUGCGAGAAUAUUUCGACUCCGAGAUUGAGACGAUUAACAAACAAGAUUUCAGAAAGGCGGAAAAAUAUUGGGAUUGGAUUUCAAAAAUAGUUUCGAGGAUAUCCGAGGCUGGAGGAUUUAAUAUAACGAAAUCUCAGCUGGAAGAAGACAUUGAGGAUAUAUUUAGUUUCGAAUGGAAGCUAUUAAAGAUAAGUAGUUUAGUAGACGAUUAUGUAAAUAUGACUGUGGGAGAUUUUCAAAGAUGGUACGAUCAUUUAAACCCACGUACAGAAAAUUCUAAGGUGAAUUGGACGGAUAAAAUAAUUAAUAUUUUUAAAGAAACGGGUAUCGAUAUUUCAAACGAUACAUUGGUAAAAAUAACUUCUCCCGGUUAUUUCAAAAAUUUAGUUCCUCUACUCGACGAGACUUCGACCAGAACUAUAGUAAAUUUCCUUCAUUGGAGCUUCGUCUCGUCGAUGAUCACGAGGACUACCGACGAAAUGAGAGAAUUGAACGCCAAAAUGGUCGAAAGCGAUCCAGACGAGCAGGAAUCUAGGUCGGAUUUGUGCAUUAAGGAAGGAAAGAUAACGGAAGUGAUUGCUUACGAAUUUGUGAGAAGAUAUUUUUCUAACGAUAUGAUAGAUAUGACGAUGAAUGCGUUGAAUGAUAUAGAAGAGGAAAUGAAAGUGGAUAUAGAAGAAUCGAAUUGGGCGAGCGAGGAGAUAAAAGGUUUCGCUUUGAGAAAAAUUAAAUCCAUAAAGAAGAAUAUUGGUUAUCCGGAUUGGUACAACAACGCGUCCAUCGUGGAAAAUUAUUUUGGCGAUCUCACGAUGGGACCGACGUAUUUCGAAAAUGCUUUGAGAUUUCAAAAAUUUUAUAAAUUAAAGGAAUUACGACUUUUGAAAUAUAAAGAUUUAGCAAAAUCGUGGAUUAUUGAUCCUUUGACGAUCAAUGCUUUUUACUUAAGCGAAUCGAAUUCGAUCACGGUACCCCUGGCCAAUCUACAGAAACCAUUUUUCAGCAAGAAUCAGCCAAAUACGAUCAACUAUGCAUUGACUGGAUUUUUACUGGCUCAUGAAUUAUAUCAUUCGUUUGAUGAAUUAAAACGUUUUUUCAAUGAACAUGGAAAAAAGAUAAAUUGGCCAAAAACAAUGACAAACGAAUAUUAUAAAAGCGCUCAAUGUUUUAUCGAUCAGUAUAAUAAUUAUACUUUGAAUGGCACAUCUUCUGGCAUAAAAAUUAAAAAUUAUGGCAAUCAAACUUUUGAUGAAAAUAUGCCAGACACUAUGGGAUUGAGAACUGCAUACAAAGCGUAUAAAAGAAGGGAAAGAAUAAAUAGGAAAUCAGAAGCAGCAUUGCCUGGAUUAGAAAUGUUCAGCAACGAUCAAAUUUUCUUCUUAUCGUCUGCAAAUUUAUGGUGUGAAAAUAGAGAUUCCGAAACAGAAAUAACGGAAGCUAAAUUAGACGUGCACAGUAUCGCACGAUUAAGAUCCAUUGGCGCUCUUUCAAACAAUCAAGAUUUUGCAAAUGCAUUUUCGUGCCCCAUUGGCAGUCCUAUGAAUCGUGAAAAAAAGUGCAACAUUUGGAAAAUAUAAUAGGAAUAUUUAUCAAAUAUAUAUAUAAGAAUUCAUCUUAUAUAUUUGCGUGGAGUCAUUGAACGUGAUUCCUAUUUCGAUUCUGUGUGAUUCCCUCACCCCCCUCCCCCUUCUCAAGCCACUGCAACGCUAUGGAAUCACCACGCCAUACCUUGCGACGCGAAAUCAACGUAGUAGAACAAAGGCAUCGGCGCGACCCACAUCAACAUAACAUAAUUUAUUCUUAUUUCCUUUGUUAAAUUAUAUUUUUUUAUGUUAUAUAUUUUUUAUUAUUAAUUAAAUCAAAUAACAAUCUAUU